UAGAAAAUUUGAGUGGGGAACAUGAGUGUGUGGAAAGAAUGAAAAAGAAAAAGGAUGGGUUGGAUUUGUACAAAAUAAUAAGAAAAUAAAGGAGUGGAGAAGGUUGUCUCCCCUGCCUGAAGUGAAAUCAGUUGCCUUAGUGGAAGAAGAACUCAUCAGCACCGAAUACUUAAAAUCAUUAUCAGUGAUGACUAAUGAUGCUUUUACAGCUGCUGUAGCUACUGUGGUCCGAGCUCACCCUAAAGAUUUCAGGGUUGUGAGACAAGAAUGGGCCGCAAUCCGGAUCUAAACUGCUUUCCGUGGCUUCUUGGCAAGAAGAGCUUUAAGGGCCUUGAAAGGAGUGGUGAGGCUUCAAGCUUUGGUUCGGGGUCGGCAGGUGAGGAAACAGGCUGCUGUGACUCUGAGAUGCAUGCAGGCUCUUGUUCGAGUGCAAGCCCGGGUUAGAGCUCGUCGUGUUCGUAUGUCUAUGGAGGGUCAGAUUGUACAGAAGAUGCUAGAUGAACGGCGCAGCAUGGCUGAUCUCUUGAAACAAGCUGAAGAAGGGUGGUGUGAUAGUCAAGGGACACUAGAAGAGAUUACUGCAAAGCUACAAAUGAGGCAAGAAGGGGCUUUCAAGAGAGAAAGAGCACUUGCAUAUUCUCUUGCUCAAAAGCAAUGGAAAUCAAUCCAGAGUUCUGAUUCCCAAACAAAUAUCCCAAUGUCCUAUCUCAAACGGGACCGCCGGCGGCGCCACGUGGAGGGAGAUCUCGGAGAGACGAGAUUGGUGUUCGGUUUCGACGGUUUUGAGGAGGGAAGUGGCGGCUUUGACCUCCUCGAUUGUGGGUCUGGGAAGGAGUGAUUUGUAGGUUUUCAUGAUCUCUUCUAUGGCUUCUACGUAAGCUGGUGAUGGGUUUGGAUUGGGUAUUGAAGCCAUAGCUGUUGGGUUUGAGAAUAGCAGUGUUGCAGAGAAUGGAACAACUGGAGAGGAGGAGGAGGAAGAAGAGUUUAGUAGGCUGAUCAAGUGGUUGCUGGGAAGAAGAGUUCGUCGCCAAUCAGGAGAGGUUGAAGCCCUAAGAGGAGAAGACCGAGGAGGAUCGAUCCAAGGUCGACGAUCUCCGUGGAUAAGGAUCGACUUUAUCUUGAAGAAGUCCAACAACAGAAAGAACCUUAUUAUGCAUCAAAAUGGAACAACCAGGCUGUCAGGUCUAUGGUCGAGAAACGGCCGGAAAUGUUGACGCCGUGGAUUGCUCGA